AUGCUGUCGGAUGAUCUCCUGACCGUCGCGCCCGAGACCCCUGCGUGGCGCAAGGAAGCCAAGAAAUGGGUGGUCUGCGUUGCUGUGUUCACUGGCCUGGCACUCGCUGCAAUUCUUUACUGGCCGGCUUUCCUGGAGGAGGCACCGGUGGCGCCUGCGCAGAUGACCAGCAACGCGGACCUUAAAGCAAUCCAGAAGUUGUAUGACUACGUCGGGGCCGGGAAGCUGCAAGGGCCUUCUUGCAUUGAAGCUGCGAAGGAGAUUGCCAUCGACGAUGUGGUCCUCGAUACCACCAGCGAUGCUAUGCCACACUUGUCGGGGGCACGGUUCUUCUAUGGACCUAAG